GAGCAGAUGAGCGAAGAAUAUUUAGGCGAAAGCGAGAGGAGGGGCGGGGGGGGAGCGCGGGGCAGGAGGAGUACCUCGGCCAAGAAAAUUAUGCAUGCGUUAGGCAAGCUCUGAGAGAAUGGCUGUGGAAGCUCUCCACUGUGGUUUGAAUCCACGGGGUAUCGAUCACCCUGCCCAUGCUGAAGGAAUUAAGCUGAAAAUUGAAGGUGAAGGUGUGGAAUCUCAAUCCAUUAAAAACAAAAAUUUCCAGAAGGUGCCUGACCAAAAAGGAACCCCCAAGAGACUGCUGGGAGAAGCUGAGACAGCAAAGUCAGCCACGGUGAAGCUGUCAAAACCAGUGGCCCUGUGGACCCAGCAGGAUGUCUGCAAGUGGUUGAAGAAGCACUGUCCAAAUCAGUAUCAGAUCUACAGUGAGUCAUUCAAACAACAUGACAUAACUGGGCGAGCCCUGCUGAGACUCACAGACAAGAAGCUGGAACGCAUGGGGAUCGCCCAGGAGAGCCAGCGACAGCACAUCCUGCAGCAGGUGCUCCAACUGAAGGUGCGGGAAGAAGUCAGAAACCUGCAGUUACUCACACAAGGUAGCCUGCUGCUGCUUCCUGCCUCAGCGGAGGGUUCUCCAUAAACAUGUCAGUCUUGCAAGCUGCUGUCCUGCCAGUGGGCAUGAGCAUGGCCUGUUCCCCAGAGAAAGACUUACUCGUGGCACUGCCAGAAGAGAUCCUUGGAGCACUGACAGAGUAACUGGAUUAACUGAGAAAAUGCCUAUUCGGUCAAGAUUAUGAAGUUUGGUUGGAAAAAAAAUCUUGGUUUGCAGUGGAUUUUCAAAUGAGGUGCAUAACAUACAGUGCCAACUCGUUCCAAGUGGUCAUUGGCAGACCAUUAGCUGGAAAAUUGCUUCCAGUUUUCAUCACUGUGCAUAACUCAAGUUCCCCCCUUGGGCUCUGUCUGUGCCCUUCACUAGAAGUCCUGUUUUAGCAUGGCAACUACUGGAUUAUUUCAUUAAGUGUGCAGAUGGCAUGAUGUUUUAGAAAAAAAUACAGGAGUUCUGCAGUCUCAGUGGAAGGGUUCACAAUAUUAUACCCUGGUAGGAAUGUAAACGUGUCUUGAUUGUGUUAGUUACAAUGUCCAAAGGUGUUCUGUCCAACGCUGACGCACUUUAUAUGAGAACACUACACUGAGAUGAAAUAGCACAUUUGAUACACAUAGGAGAACAAAUGUCUUCUCUUUUCUUUAUAAAUCUUGUCUUAUUUCUGGCUCAGACUGUCCAAGACAAAGUCCACUCCUAGUAUCCUCCCACUUGUCUGUGGUUCAUCAGUGUAAAUAUGGCCACAAUACUGUUAGAUUUCACUUGCUGACACUUUACUGGAUAACCGGAUUACUUAUAGCACAAAGGGAAGUAGAAGUUAGCAAGCCUGGUGACUGAACUAUUUGAAGUCUUGGUUCAUUGCACCCAGGCACAACUUAACACAUGACAUCAUGACACUCUGUACAGCCUGCUUCUCUUUGGCCGAUGCAUACAUACUCUUCUAUAUAGGAGAUCUUCCAAACACAAAGACCACUGUGGGCAGCAGAAUGCAACCUUCCUUAGUGGUCCCAUUUCCACACUUAGGAAAACUUCCAGAAGUCAAGUUUAAAUCACAGUUCUGGAGAGAAGCAUCAGAUGACCUCCACUGUGUGCCUAGAGAAGUAAAACAUUCAGCCCACACUAGGUUUCUUCCUCAGCAUAGAACUUACUCUUCCCCUUUAAUACUACCUGGAUGUAUAUAUAACAUUUUUUAAUUCUGUCUAACAACAAAGCACAGCCCUGGGAAACCUGUCCAUUCAGUGGUUGCUUACCUGAACACUGGAGAACUGUUCAUUCAUAUUGAUUGCCCCCUUAUGAUACAUUAGCAUCUUUUCCCUGGAAAUUGAAUCUUGGCUGAAUCAAACCUCAGCAAAGUGUGUUAUGAGCACUCACUAACCUAACCUGAGACCAAUAGGCAUCAGAGACUAAUAUUUAAAAUAGAGGUAACAACUUCUGGUACCCAUCCAGCGUAAACAAGCAAGACAUUUUGCAUUGUCUCCAAACACUCAUUCUCUGUCUCCGCUUGAAGUCUCAGGAAGUGGAGAGACCCGAAUGUGAUACACACAGGAUAUCUCUCCACAGGAUGGCUCCUGUCAGAUGUGGACUAGAAAGGGACCUCCUAAUAGGAACUCAGAGAAAUGAUAGCUAACAUGAGGUCUGGACUUUUCACAGAUCACCACCAGAACCAUCAAAGCUACCACAGACCAUAAUUGUCUAAAAAGCUAAAAUUGGUAAUCCAAACCCAGGCUGCCAACGCCCCUGCUCUAUGACCCAUCCUUUUGCCUUAGUUCCAGAAGCAGGGUCUAUGCAUUCCCUCAUUCUUUCUUUUCAUUCAGCAAGCAUCUGUUGAAGGACCGCCAUGUGCCAAGAACUGUAUUGGUUGUCAACUCUAGUAUAUAAGGCACACUCCUACUGCUUCCAUUGAAUGAUUUUUUUUUUCUCUCCAACACUACUCUCUUCCCACAGUACAAACUGAAUUGAGAUAUCCACACCCACCCACCCAUCCCUCACCUUGCCAGAGAAACAAAGGAAAAUGUUCAUGACAGACAGCAGGCAGAUCCCAUUUCUGAACGAGUGAGCAGCUUGGGAACACAUACAGAACCUUGCUAGGUAGCCAGCUAAGUUGAUCGGAGCUUCCCACAGCAGCUCCCAGUUGCUAUCCUCGAUGCCCAUCCCAGUCUAUUUCCAUCCUUCCUAUAGAUACUACUGUUUAUCACUAUGCUCAAUUCUCUGAAAUGCCAAUUCUAUAACUACUCCUAAAGACCCUGAAUUGGUUUGAAUGAAUCCUAUUAACCCUGCCAGGUGCUGAGAUAUAGUCGCUAAGAAUAAACUGGUAUAGUCCAUGAUAUUCCUGCUAAAACCCUUGGAGAACUGGAUGCCCAUUCUAGGGCAGAUGUCCACUAAAUGAUCCUGGGCUAUUGUCAUUUUGGCUUUUGCAAAAUAAUCUGAAUGACUUUUUUAACAGUUGCCUCUUUUUUUUUUGAGUCAGAGGAAUACUGUAACAUUAUGGAAAGAUAAUGGUUAAAGAUGAAAAUGGGAAAAGGGAAAAUGAAGGCCCUGAAAGAGCCCAGUUUAAAAUGGUGUCUCUAAAAAAUGCCUUAAUGUCUGGCACAACUUACAUAUUUGCAUAUGAGCCCGUACUGUUUUCCAAACUGUCAACCUCUGUUUGAAACCAUUAUAGGUUUGGAAACAUGGUGGCAUGACAUUUGUGCAUGCACAAGCAAAACCAGAAAAAAACGGAGAAAUGAUUUCAUUCACAGCCUUCGGUUUCCUUGUAUGGAGACCCUCUGUGAGACGGCCCCAUGGUUACUUCCUGCUUUGUUGUGUGUGUUUGGGGUGGGGGUGGGGAGUGUGCAAUUUUAUCUUCCAGAAACCCAGGCAUAUCUGUGGUGGGUUUUUUUUUUUUGUAGGACAGGAGAUAUGGGGAGCUAAGGGGUAAAUGUUUUAAUAUCUAGUGAUUGAGGCUUUAAUUUUUCCUUUUUCUUAAACCUGGACUACCCCUUUUACUAAAAGGCUGACACUCACACUUAUGCAGGAAAGGCACUCUUGGGAAUGAACUGAAAUGAAUAAUUAUCAGAUUCUCCGGGGUGCUGAGGGGAAUAGCUUGGUUCACAUCCAAAAUCAAAUUUAAAUAUGCAGAGCACCAUGGUUCUGCUGGGGUCGAAAGCAAACCGUGCCAGUAGCUUGAGACUUGCCUAGGACAGAUAGGGACCCCAUCAACUUUCUUUAUGGGACGUGGCUCACCUUCAAAUCCCUGUGCUCGCUUCAUGACGUGUACACCCAGUAUUUCGAUUUCUACCUCCACAAUACGGGUAAAGAUGCCAGGUUCUCUCCAGAGUCAUUCUACAGCUGCCCGAACAGAGGCAUACAAUCUUCAGUACUGAGGAGAACGUGCCAUUUUUAAUGCUCAAUGGGGAGAGGGAAGAUGAAGGAUGACUGUGAAUAUAAACUAAGGAUGAGAACCUCUAAUGGAUCCACCUCACACACCCUAAAUGCUUUCUUUGUCUGUAAAUGUCACGUAAUUAGUUUUGGAUAGCAACAAUAAAAGUCUCAAGGAAGUAAAGUUUUCAAGACACCCCUAAGACAUUUUUUUAAUCCAAACCUCUCCCCCACACAUUAGCAGCUUCAUUCUUUUCAAUGUUUUCUUCCAUCUUCUUUAGAGUAAUUUUGCUACUUGACAACUAGACUUAAAGUUGCCAUAGACUUAAAAAUCAAAUCUCUGAAAGUGACAAAAAAUUCCUUUAUUCUUUAAAGGCUGUUUUUAUUCAUCCCAUCUCCUCCAACCCCCUCCAUCCCACUUUUUGCUUUAUUUUAUGUGUGUGUGAUUUUUUUUCUUUCUUCUCACCUCUUUCUUUCACAUAGUGCUAUAGGUAUAUUUCAAGUAUUCUAUAAAGAAUUCAAACAGAACCACAGAGUCCUCACCAGUUUUUUCCCCUUCCUGACUAAAAAAUGAGUCUUAAGCUUGACCUUGAUGCAGCCCAAGCAGCAGUGGGACUCCCAUUUUCAUUCCAGAAAGUCACUGGUCAGUGGUGACCAUUAGAACAAAGCCAGCGGGAUUAGAGAGGAGGGCAGGCCAGGAAACAUAUCUACUUGAGCACAGCUGAGGACUCUGUUUCAAAGAUAAGCAAGCUUCCAACUCAAUCUCCUUAGAUCUGGGUCUAAUCCUAGAGCCAGAGCAUGGUCCUGUGAACUCUGGUUUAUCAAUAGACAGAACUUCUGGGGCCUUAAAGGUAAAUGAAGGCUGAUUCAGUUAUGUUCCUCUGGUGAUGUCUGUUAGCCGGAAUACAGAAUAGACUUGGAAAGCUAUGAGUGAGGGGAAAAAAUAAAAGACAAAGUGUGCCUUUGUGAAGGUGGCUACAGGGUUAAUAUCCAUGGUGAUGCCUUCUGUCCAUCACUUCAGUUUCAGAGGCACAAUCCUGGAUGAGGAAGUAGGAAGGGACAAGAGCUGUUUCUAAACUCUAAAAUGUGUCCCAUGAAAUUUAGGUGCCAAAAUGAAAAAGAGAAAGACCAUCAGGCAUGGACCAGCACUGGUCCUCUGCUUCACAUAAAAUGACAAAGCAAUGACUUCUACGGAGUAGUGAAACCUGGUCACUCAAGGUUUUAUAAAACUGUUUCAUUUACCAUAUAAGGCUACUUAAGAACCAUGAGCACCCAAGAAUUCUCCCAUCUGAACCCCCUUUCAUAUUUAUUUCAAGCAUUAAAAGACACCAGCAAUCUAUACUGGCUGCCAUUUAAAAGUCACUGGUGACAGGGCUCUUGCUGAUUCACAAAGCCAACAGACAGAAUGAUACCAAACGUUGUUGGUCUUUUGACAUUCGUUCCGAUCACAUAACAUUUUCAAAUUUUGGAGCUAAUGGUUUGGGGGAUUUGUGUCAAUCAAUUGUUUUAUUGCUGUUUUCCAAACCCCAGAAAUUUCCAGUAGCCAUAGAAUGGAUCUUAGAACUGGGCCUUUCUGCCCAAAGUGUCUGGUAUUGGCAUAGCAGCUCUGCUGAAAUACUAAGAAAUGUAUUGAGCUGGGCAGUGGUGACACAUGCCUUUAAUCCCAGCACCAGGAGGCAGAGGCAGGUGGAUCUCUGAAUUUGAGGCCAGCCUGGUCUACAGAGCAAGUUCUGGGACAGCCAGAGCUACACAGAGAAAUUCCCUGUCUCAAAAAAACCAAAAGAAGAAGAAAGAAAGAAAUUUCACCCAACUUGGAGGUACUCACACCUAGAGUAACUAACUGAAACACUGGAGAGUGCUGGUUGCUUGCCAUCAUGUUCACAACCUUUUAGAAUUCAAUCAUUUGGAUCAAAGGAAAUAAAUAAUUGAAUCACACAGUUCUCUCCAUAUAGGCAUAGACAUAGUUAUCAAACGUAGAAUUCCAGUUUUAAGUGUUUUGAAAGAACACACAAAUCUGUUUUGUGAAGUUUCAUUCAAUCACUACCACACCAUCUUAAGUUCUACAAAAAUAUAUUAAAAUACUUCACGCUGAAACAAAAUUCUAUAGCAAGAAUUCUUAUUAUAGUAGAUCAUUAUUUCACCUGGGAAGGAGAAACUAAUUCAAUACCUUGGGCACUUUAUAGGUUAUUUCUAUCCCACCUACAAAUGGAGCAUGCUCUGCUGCCAUCUCCUGAGAAGUGACUCCAACUUCUAAAACAGCACAAAGACCAUAAAGGCCUUUUAAGUACACUAGCUAGACUCUGUGUUCAAGCAUAAAUACAAAACCAGGGCUUGGAAUUUUAGUGUUGUUACGGGUUUGAAGAUGGUUAAAUCAAAGCCAACCACAUUGGGAGCUAACCACAGACUCAGGAGGUUUGGGGCAAUUCCCUGUCUGGAUCCCAUGCAGUUAACUCAAGAUAAGCAUGUGUUUCCUCACAUAUCAGCUGCAGAAGUGAAGCAUGUGCCAGUUCUAAAAAGGCCUUUGGUGGAGCUGGAGAUAUUAUUAAUUUGGAAGCGUUAUUAAUUUGGUAGCAUGCACAAAGUCCUAAGUUGGAUCCCUAACACCACCUAAACCAGGUAGGGUGGGGCAUGCCUGUCAUGCCAGCACUGGAGAGAAAGAGGCAAGGGAAGACCAAGAGUUCAAGGUCAUCCUGGACUGCAUAGCAAUUUUGAGACUAAUCGGGACUGCAUGAGAUCCUGUCUUGAUAAAUUAAUCAAUUGAAAAGACCCCUGGUUACUGACAGAAACCUUGAAGGUCAUGUUAGUUGUUGAUGGCUAUUUAUGUUCAAAUUUUGCUAGAGCCUUGUUUUCAUCCUUGUUUGUUUAGUUUUAUGGUUUUUUGUUGUUGUUGUUGUUGUUUGUUUUUUAACAGUGCUGGGGAUUGAAUCCAGGGCCUCUGGCAUGCUAAGCCAAGAUUUCUACUCAUGAGUCACAUCCCCAGGGCCAUCUUUUUCAUGCUUAGCCCACUCCUACCUCAGAUCACCAGCCAACAGAAGUCUUAGCUUCUGGAAGGGUGAUGACCCCAUACUUGUACUUGCACUCACACUGGGCGAUGGUGGGGUUCUGCAUAGUUCACCCCCUUCUUCCGUCUCCCAGCCGAAAGCACUGUCCUAAGAAUGCCAUGCUGGAGGACACUGGGGUUUGGCUAGUAGAAGACGCUCACAUUGCAGAGAACUGAGUAAGACUGGGUCCCUUCAUGUGCAUUGUCCAUCUCAGUAGUGAUGAGAGCAGAAGCCUGUCUGUCGAAAAGCCAAGGCAGCGCAAAUGUUUUGAAACUAAUUUGACUGCAACUCUUGCGCCACUAAACCACACGACUGUAGUUCUAGUUAAUCCAACUAUUUAAUGUUAUUAGGCACUAAGUUAAAUAGCUUUACACGAAAUUUUAGAAAAGAUCAAUAUUGUAACAAAAUUACAGAUUAGCAGUAAAAAGCACCUGAGAAAAGAAAAUAUUGAUCUGUUGUAGUUUAUAUACUUACGUUAUUCUUAGGACUUUGUAAGAGAUUGGCACUUCGCUGAUAAAGGGAAAGAAACUGGUCAGAAUUCAAGAAUGGUGGUAUAAUAGCAAUUUCUGGGAGCUUUGGGCCUUAAUCUUUCUGGGAUGCUCUCUGUCCCAGACAGGGUUGUUUGAGGACUAGAAGGGGCUAAUGGGUAAAGUUGUCCCAUACCACAUAUUUAUGAAUAAUUGUCAUGGCAAACUGGGUUAUGGGCUUUGUUAAUGAUACUAUUCCUCAUUUUGGGUUUUUUUUUUCUUCAAAAACUAUUAUUACCAAGCCUCCACUCUGGGAUUAAAAGAAGAAAAGGGCCGGGCGGUGGUGGCGCACGCCUUUAAUCCCAGCACUCGGGAGGCAGAGGCAGGCGGAUCUCUGUGAGUUCGAGGCCAGCCUGGGCUACCAAGUGAGUUCCAGGAAAGGCGCAAAGCUACACAGAGAAACCCUGUCUCGAAAAACCAAAAAAAAAAAAAAAAAAAAAAAAAAAAGAAGAAAAGGAAGUAUGAGAAAGCAAUACAUGGUAUUUUACAUGUGUGCGUGUGAACACAUAUACACACAAAUGGUUGGACGCACAGACUCACACACAGACAAACACACAGAGACACACACAGAUAUACAGACAAACAUACACACACACACACACACACACACACACACACACACACACACACACACACAGGCUUUUUCUGAGAAACAGGAUAUGUUCUCCAGAGCUUUCAGUGGCAGCAUCCACUUAUCUCCACUCCCCCUCUUCAAGGUUCAGAGAACAGUGACCUACCCAGAGAUGGGUACAGGCAAAGACUCCCAACCUUCAGCCUGAACAAGGCCACAGAGCAUGUGCAGUUCCCAAGCUGGGGGCAUCAAGAAUUACAUAGGCAAGGCAGACUUCCUUGAUCAAGUGCUAUUGUAUGUUAGUAUUUGUUCUAGAAAAGAAACAAGAAAAAAAAAAUUUGAUGUAGAUUAAACAGAACAGCAAUGCGCUCUGCAGACUCUGAGGGGCGAAGGGUAUAGUUCCAUGAUGGAAUGCCUGCCUAACAUAUGUAAGGACCCAUGUUCAACCUCCAGCACUACAAAAAUGAAAAGAAGAAAAAUAACUCUCCCCCAAAAUAACAAAGUCUGAGGGAAGAAAUCAGAUAAGAAAAAAAAAAAAAAAGACUGGUUCAUUUUUUGACCAGCGUGACUAAAAAGCACAUUUCAUAACAUAGUAGUCUAUGGAGACUGUAGACAUUAUGGCUUCCUUAAGUGCACAGUGAACACAGCGGUCUUAAUUGUGUUGGUCUCCCAAGACAGGUUCAUUAAAUAGGAAUUCCCUUAUCUAUUACUCACAAUUGCUCUGCUUUUUUUCCUUCCUUUUCUUCUGUUCACUUGUUUCUUUUCUUUUCUUUUUCACUCCAGAAAGUAUUCCAGGCCCAGAGUUAGAAAAACACAUGAAGUUAUGUGGCAUAAACAAGAGUGCCUUUCCCGUUGGAAGUCCACCUUCCUGGGCUCCACGGUACCAGAUGUUUAGAAACAUUUCUCCUCUAAACACAAGAAUCAUUGUGCACCACAAUUUUGAGCCACUGACUUACGUAUCUUGAGCAGCUACCAACUUGCCGAUUCCCUUUGGGUCUCCUUUAUAUUUUCUUAGAAUAUUUCUUUCUAUUUUGGGUUUUCUUCAUGAAGACUGGGAAGGGGCAUGAUUCUUUUUAAAUUGAUAAAAAAUAAAACUGUACAGAUUUCUGCCCACUCGUAUCCGUGAGCAUGAUCUCUAUGAGGCUUGAAAACCGGCUUUAUCAUUUUGUAUAUUUGACUAUUUUGUAUUCGGCAUUAUUUGAUUCCUUAUGUGCAUGGCAAUGUAUUAAAAUGUGGGAUUUCUA